UUGCAGCACGAAGAAACAGAAAUCCAAACCAUUCAUCCGAACAGAGAGCAGUUGACACGGCGCCACGCAUUGGUGCCCGAAACGGUUACAGAAAGGGAAGGUUGCUCUGAUAAUGUAAUUAUUGUACCACACUUAAAAAUUUCUCCUAAUGAAUCACAACUAUACAACCGGGCAAUUAGUUCAGGUGGUGGGCUGUUGGCAGAUUUGCAACGAGCAACAAUUGCAACUCAAGCAUUCUAUGCUGAUGCAAAUGAGCAGUCUAAGACUAGAUCACCAUGGAUUUUGAAACGAUUAUAUGAAUGGUCACAUCGAGCUAAAAGGCGUGAGAUAAUAAAACAUGUACAGGCAGCACUGGAAACUUCUAGUGAUGCGGAAUUUGACGAUGAAGAAUUAGAGAAAUUGCUCCCAGUAAGCUGGGAUGAGAUGUUCGUUGUUGCUGUGGAAAGUUUAGAAUCGAUGGAUAAAAAACGCUUACAAGCAGUUUGGGAAUUAUUUCACAGUGAAUUAAUAUUUCUUCACAAACAACUUCUUGUUUUAAGAAAUGUUUACAAAGAACCAUUAAAGAAAUGCCAAGUUGAAGGAUGUUUGUUGACAGUAGAACCUGAUUUGCUUUUCGGGAAUCUCGAUCAAAUAUGCCGGAUCAGUCGAUCCUUCUGUAAGUCAUUUCUUAAAAUUAUGAAUGAAGUUCAUACUGAUGGCGAAGGCGACUACAAUACUACUGAUCUUAUCGUAAAAUUAUUUGACAGGUUUUCCAAAGGACCAUCAACAAUAUCAGCAUAUCAAGCUUACUGCAUUAAUUACAAAGCUACAAUGGAAUAUCUCGGGUCAAUCCGAGAGAAAGACGAACGAUUUACGGAAUUCGAACGAAUAUGUCUAACGGACCCGCGCUGUGAACGACUACAGCUAGAGGAUUUGUUGAUAGCACCACUGCAACGAAUCACAAGACUACCGAUUCUGUUGAGGGAAAUUCAUAAAUACACCAAAGACGACGAAGAUAAGGGAAGAAUAGAAAAAGUCAUCGAAAGUAUGAAUGAAUCUUUGAGAUCAAUAGAUGAUUCAGUACAGUGGUUACAUAAUUUUGAAAGGUUACAACAGCUGCAAAAUUCUGUGGUAUGGCCAUCAAUUAUAGAAUUGGAGCCACGAACAUUCAUUCCAGAUUUUUUACGAGUUGCAUUAUCUAGACAGUUCUGUGAGAAUCUGCUAGUCCAUCCGAGAAGGAAGCUCGUUCAUGAAGGUCAUUUAGAACUUCUUGAAAACGGUAGAACAUGCGAUUGCUACGCAUUUUUGUUCAAUGAUAUGUUCGUACUGACGAAAAUGAAGAAGUGCACCAGAAUGAGAAAAGGAACAGCCCAACAAACAAAACCAGAACAUUACAUCGUUCAGAAGCAACCAAUACCACUAGAUUCAUGUGUUUUCUGUGAUGCUGAUUCUAAUGAUUCUACUACUUUCAUGUCCUUGAAAUUUGCAUUUGUAAUUAUACAUCUCACAAGAUACUACCAAGUGGUGUCAAUAUUCACCUUACAAGCAGCUAGUAAGCACGACAAAGAAUUGUGGAUAGGGAAAUUUCAAGAAUCAAUCGAGAACUAUGAAUCAAUUCAAUUGAAAGAUAUGCUAAAAUGUACGCCACUCUAUUCUAGUUUAUCUUUACGACGUUGUUCAUCAUCACGUCUUUUGCGACCUGGCGUUUACAAUAAUCCAAAUCAAGACUACAAACAACAAUCCAAUCCUGAAAAACAUACAAAAAAACAAACAGAUAUUGAAAAUAAGCAACAGCAGCAAUCAACGAACUCAGCACCGAUGGAUGGUACUACAAAAACUUGUACCUCACUAAUUCCAUCAUCAAAUGAUGAUAAUCCAAUUGCACAGUUCAACACUGAUGCUAUUUAA